UCCACCCAAUACACUAAACAAUGCCGUGUCUAAGUUAUCAUUACGUCAUACGGCUCGAUUACAGCCUUCUGCUUCGCGGCAUCUCACGAAGAACACAUAAUCACAACGGCCUGAGCAGACGUCCUAGCCCACCCAUUAAGAAAAAAACAUCCGACCCGAUCAUUGGAUGCCAGUUGCUUGAGAAGUAAACACGCAUCACGUUCCAUUCUUGAAUUUGAACUCGUUCCACACUUUUUCUAGUCGCGCAAAAAGUUUUCGUCAUGAACCUCAGGCUGCACGUGUUUUUCGGCCAGUUCUUGUGGCUUGUCUCUGCCCUCAAUGGGAAGAGCUUUCAAGGAGUUCCAGGGUACGGUCGCAACCUCGUCAUCAAGGCGCUGCCGGCGAUUGAAGACUACCAGAGCAAUGUCUACGAAGUGUUCAUGGAACCGUAUCUGUAUGACCUUAGCCGACCGGCGUUCCCCCUAACGGGCAGCCGGGCCGAGAAACAAAUCGACCUGGCUUUUGCGCCACGCUCGGCUCCUGGGUUACAAGCGAUCGUCCACCUGCGCCCUGACGCAGAAUCUGGCGUCGAAGGGACUCUCAUAUUCACUCAAAUCGUGCCCAAUGGUCCGGUGACCGUGGAAGGCAACGUGACGGGUUUGGCCCCCGGCUUGCAUGGGGUCCACGUCCACCAGACUGGCGCCAUCGAUGAUAAUUGCAACGAUAUAGGCCCGCACUUCAUUGCUUACUACGGCCGUCACGGAGGGCCGCGCGACCACAUCCGUCACGUCGGCGACCUUGGCAACAUAAAAGCCGAGGAAGGCCCAGUCACCGUGAAAAUCGUUGACCACCUGAUCUCCCUAGCUGGCCCGCGGUCCAUCGUGGGCCGGUCGCUGGCCAUCUCCAAAGAUGAAGACGACUACGGCCGGUCCAGCACUGAAGAUAGCACGAUGACUGGCACAUCAGGCCCUGCUGUGGCUUGUGGGGUCAUUGGGUACCUGAACUAGAUUAAGUGAUGCUGCGUUUGAUUGGUGAUGAUGAAUUAAAUGACGAAUUUGUAUUAAUUUAAUGACUUUGUUCAACGCCUUCUAAUGUUUUGUAGGCAAAUCCAAUAUAAAUGAAUUUGCUAAUA